AUGGCAUCACUGAAUGUUGAUAAAGUGAUAAUUUCAUCUGCAAUUAUUGAACUGAAUGGUCCAUGUCCAAAGGCUUCAUCUUUGUUGGGUUUGCAGGAUUGCAUUUGGAUUCCUAAACUUGAAGAUCUGGUCAGAUAUCUUGGGUCAGUUCUGGAUGGAAACUUCUCUUCGUUGAUGCUGCAUCUGAAGUUUCAUGAAGAGCUGAAAUGUAUUGAAGCAUUGAUUGGUUCUCUAGCCUCAGAAGUGAAAUUCACUUGCUCUGUCGCAAAUGUCAUUCAGACUUCGAGAGUAAAUGCUAGAACAUAG